AUGUGUCGUAGCGUCCCUUGCCUACUUCACUUCUGCUGUUUGCGAUGUAUGAUGCGCCCGGAUGGAUUUCAUUUCAUUCAUUUUGAUGGGAAUUUUUUUUUUUCGCAGCUACAAGCUCAUCUUCACCCCUCCGAUCUUGCAUGCAUGCCCAGGCCCAAGAGUCACGGUCAAGCCAUCUCAGAGUCCCAUCCAGGUGGAAUGCUCUCGAGGUGUUUGUUUUCACAUAAUGCACAGCAGUCGCCUCCAUACGGUCUCCCCCGGACAACCGCAUUACAAGAACUCACUAACACUGACCGGACCAGUAUAGCCUCUCCAUUUGUGGAAGACCCCUCUACCUCGAAGUUCUCCCUGACAAUGGAGCCCCUACUGUUUGAACAAGAACAGGAAAAGACGCAGCUCCGCGGAAUUCUCCGUGUCCUAUUUAUUAGACGAAGACCAUUCCAUACCCUCUUCCGACCCACAAUUGACAAACCUCCCAAAUUUGAAUGA